CAGCCCCAAACAAUCCAUUGGAGGAGGCCUGCGUCAGCGUGCGCCAUCGCUCAUCAUCCCAUCCUCCCUUCCUCCCAUCAUCACCCAUCAUCCUCCCAGAACGACCCUAACAGCGCGUGGUGGGGGCUUCACGACCAUCACCCCAUGCUGAGCUGAUCCAUGCGCCCUCAAAUCUUCCUUCGCCGCAUCCAAGAUUCCUGAACUAUCCUCCGCAAUUGCUGGCUCCAGAGCUGCGCCCAUUCUCUCACCACGAUUCUACCUGACUGUUCAAGUAUAUCUAAUCGUACUCAUUCCCUCCCAGGUAUGCGCGCGAGCGUCGACUUUGGUCACAUACAAUAAUCAGCAUACGUUGACACAGACAACCCCGACAACACCCCUCCGCGUCCUCAAUGGCCGAAAGCGACCCCAACACACCCGCCCUGCGCAAAGAUGGAGUACUUUCCCAAGCAGACAAACUAGGACCUAAGCUGGUCGAUAAGUCAGAGAAGUUGGAGGGGAAAUAUCGCGGAGCCACUGGAACCGAAUCCUCCGAGAAGAAAGAGAAGAAAGGCCCUGCCGGCGGGUUCGAUGACACGCCUCUACCGAAGGCACCACCAGGAUAUACCGUCAAGAUUACAUUCCACAGGGCCGAGAAUCUACCAUUUUCCGACUUUGGCACCCUCUCCUCAGAUCCCUAUGUGCUAGCGGUGCUCCGCACAGAGUUGCCCAAAAGGCACAAACAAGAUCCCGAUCUCAAGCUGAGGACGCCCACCAUCCAUCGCAACACAGACCCAGAAUGGGAGACCGAGUGGAUUGUUGGCAAUGUCCCAGCUAGCGGGUUCCAUCUGAAGUGCAGAUUGUAUGACGAAGAUCCGUCGGAUUACGAUGAUCGACUGGGAAAUGUCCACAUUGAUGUUCCCCACGUCGACGAGAACUGGAAGGGAUUCUCACACCAAAAGUUCCAAUUGAAGAAGCGCAUGGGGAGCAAAAGAGCAUACACCUUCCGCGGAUGCGCCGCCUUGGUCUCGCGAAAAGUCAAAAUGAACGGAAGCCUCAUUGUCAGCGUGGAGAAUCUCGGCAGGACAGAUGCAGAGGACGGAGGUCGCAUAUAUACAAUCGGUCCUUUGCCCUGGAGUCGACAUUACUCGCCUUUGAUCGGGCGGAUAGCGGGAACCAAGGAUACUGAACAAGGCAAAGAUGGAAAGGAGGUUCAGAAAUAUAAUUUCCAAUCCGUGCAGAUGCAGUUGCGUGGACCUGUCCCGGCAGAUCUCUAUCAUCGAUAUGUCGAAUUCAGGCCCUUUGUGUCCGGCAUGUUUACUGCCCAUACUAUCCGUGGCCGCCUGCUCAACCGAGCUUUGCACCAUCAACACGCUCGAAUCUACAACUACGACAAAACCACCAAGUAUGGUGUCUUUCAAGAGCCCUGCCCCGAGAUGACCGAACUGUUUCUCGACAUGGUACACUAUGACGAAGGGGGUCGCAUCUUCACAUACGUCUUGACCCUGGAUGGCCAACUACGCUUCACGGAAACCGGAAAGGAAUUUGGGAUUGAUUUACUGAGCAAACACACCAUGCAUAGUGAUGUGAGCAUCUACAUCGCAUUCAGUGGCGAGUUUUUCAUCCGCAGAAUCAGACACGCAAAGGCACACAGGAACGAUGACAGCGUCCAUCCAAACGAAGACACGCACCCUCCCGCGACUCCGCCGGGUGAGGAAAGGGACAACAUCGGCACUAGCAGCAGCGGCGGCGGGAGCUCCAGCCACGGGAAUGACGCACGGCCUCUGACAAACGGCACGGCCACCUCGGAGGGCAGGGAGCCCUGGCACUACGAACUCAUCAUUGACAAUGACUCGGGCACGUAUCGACCCAACGCGGCCAAACUCCCCAUCCUUCACAGCUACCUCUCUGAAAACUUCCCCGGCCUCAAGGUUCGAACCCUCGACUGCCAGGCCGACGCGGAGCUGCAGCAGAAGCUGAAAUCGGAACAGCGGGAAAAGAAGAAGCAAUCCCGCGGCGGCAAACAGGUCAUGUACCUGCAGAAUAUGAGUUUGAGCAGUCUGAGCUCGAGCGAUGAGGAAGAUCUAGCCACUCGAGCCGCUGCGGGAGGCGACGGUCAAAUCCACGAGAGCAGAUAUAAGAGGGAGAUGCACAAGUUUAUGGACGGUGGCCGGGAUGAGCAUCAUGGUGACGACGACGUGGAGCAGAGGCUAGCGAUGCCUGUUGAACGCGAGACGCAGGAGAAAAUCAACGGCAAUUUUGAAACCCGGACAGAUGGUGCAAUUGAUGCAGAAAAGGGUAAAGAGAAGGAUGUGCCUCCGAAUGAACCGGCCGCAGCUGGAGCGGAGAAGUGAGUAAUAAGAAGCAGCAACGACACACCACCAACAACCAUAACAAGAGUUUUGUCGGGUUCCAGGGAGGGGGCAACAUGUUUCUGUGCUUGUGUUUAUUUUCUGCUUUGGAGGUUCUUUGAGUGAGCGAGCAAGCGAAGGAAUGGGUCGGGUCGGGUCUGUCUGGUCUGUCAGAGAGUAUCUCAUGGCUCGGUGUGGCUAGGAUGAACGCAGGGCAGGCCGUGUUCUUGAACCAGGACUCUGAGCUCCUGGCGUAAUCUUGUCAAACGGUUUGCUGGCUGCUGGCUACUGUUUGCGAUGCGAUGCGAUGCGAUGCUAUAUUGCGAUACCCUUUUUCCUUUCUUGCUAUCCCCCAAAAAGGAAGGUCAGCUACGUCUUUGCGCGUGGUCGUGGUGACGGUCGUGGUGGAUAUAUAUUGUUGUCGGCCACUGGGCACUUCUUCUACCUCGAUGUUUCGGAGGGGUUGGUUAAUUACUCCAUCGCCGACGGCUUUCUGAUAAUGUAAUGGCAUUCAAACCCACCUAUCGACU